UUUCGGGGGAAGUACACACGAUGCAUUUAUUUGGGAAAAUUGUAAAGUUAGGCAAUUAAUGCAGCAACAAUAUGAGCAGAACAUAUACACGUGCUGGCUUAUUGGCGAUUCCGGAUACCCCUUCAGCCUUGGUUAAUGACACCUUACCGAAAUCCUGAAACUAGGGGCGAAGAAAAUUUCAAUAAUCACCACAUACAAGCUCGUAACUGCAUUGAGCGAUUGAAUGGUGUAUUAAAAAAAGUAUUCGCGUGUUUGUCAAGUGAUCGCGGCAUUCUUUUCAACCCAGUUUAUUCUGGCGCUAUCAUCAACGCUUGGCUUACGCUGCAUAAUUUCAGAAACUUGCACAAUAUGCCUAUGCCCGAAAUAAAUUAUACCCAUGAUACCAAUAUAGAUAUAGGUGAGCAUAAGACCAUGGAAUCUAAUGCUACAAUCUUGCAGGAUGCACGAAGGGUUCGCGAAAACCUUGUUAGAAACAAUUUUAAUUAAAUUUAUUUAUAUAGCAUAUACACGCAGUUUUCAACCGGCACUAUUAUAAAAAUAUACUUUUGACGCAGCUGUAUGUUUAUAAGCGAAUCCAAACUCGUCAAGUUCUCCUGGCGUUAUAUGGUGACCAACAAACUUACAAUAUUUGAUUUUAUUAAGUAAUAAUUUAAAUAAAUUUUACUUAUUUAACAUGUGGCAACCCU